GUGCCGCGGCGCCCUGGCUGCGGGGGCGGGCGGUGCUGCGCGCUCCGCUCCGCUCCGCUCGGCGGCCCGGGCGUGCUCCUGCCGCUCCUGCCGCCCCUGCUGCCGCUGCUCGGCGCGGCGGGGCCUGCGGCUGCUCAGCCCCGGCGGCACCAGGAGGAGCGGGAGGAGAGCGCCGGCGAGUGAGAGAGAGAUAGAGAGGCGGGCGUCGGACCCCGCGGCGGCGCUGCCGCGAUCGCCCCGCUCGGCUCCCCCAUGGCCGCGGGCUGCAGGGACGGCCCGGGGCAGGAGAAGUACCGGCUGGUGGUGGUGGGCGGCGGCGGCGUGGGCAAGUCGGCGCUCACCAUCCAGUUCAUCCAGUCCUACUUUGUGACGGAUUAUGACCCAACCAUUGAGGACUCCUACACCAAGCAAUGUGUGAUAGACGAGAGAGCCGCACGCUUGGACAUUCUGGAUACAGCAGGACAAGAAGAAUUUGGAGCCAUGCGUGAGCAGUACAUGAGGACAGGGGAGGGCUUUCUGCUUGUUUUCUCAGUCACAGAUAGAGGAAGCUUUGAGGAAAUCUAUAAGUUUCAGCGACAGAUUCUUAGAGUGAAAGAUCGCGAUGAGUUUCCAAUGAUUCUUGUUGGUAAUAAAGCAGAUCUGGACCACCAAAGACAGGUGACACAAGAGGAAGGCCAGCAGCUGGCACGGCAACUUAAAGUAAUCUACAUGGAAGCCUCAGCAAAAAUCAGAUUGAAUGUAGACCAAGCUUUUCAUGAACUUGUCAGAGUUAUAAGGAAAUUUCAGGAACAAGAGUGCCCUCCUUCACCAGAGCCAACACGGAAAGAAAAAGACAAGAAAGGCUGCCAUUGUGUUAUUUUCUGAAAAUCCCAAGAACCAAGCUAUCAACUGCCAGAUAUUUUUUUUUUCUUUCCAUCAUUUUACAUCACUUCUGGUAUUGGUCUAGCCUUAUAUGUGCAUGUCCUAAAAGUGGUCACCAGAAUAGCCUUAGUCCAAGAAGCUGGCAGAAUAGUUCUUGAAGAAGACUCGGUCAUCCUGGGGCAGACUUCAAACCAAAACACUAAGGCUGCUUCUCUAAUACCACAGUUCCUUCCUUCUGUCCCUUCAGAGCUUGCACCUUGUGGAGUUUUAUUCGCAAAGGAGAUGAAACAAAACCGUGUAGGAUGAGGUGUUGAAGUCAUGCAUAAGUUGUCUCUUGUGAAUUAAUUUAUUUUUACUUCUGACAUUUCAUUAGGUAUUACAGAGACCUAUAUUGGAGUAUAGAGAAUACUUUUUAAAAAAGGGGUGGAUUGGCUUUUUUUUGUUUGUUUGUUUCUGCCCUCAGUUAAAUUAGACUUGAGUAUUCAGCUAGCCUUAAGAAACCUACACUGAAUUUCAUUGUCAGCAAAAAUUUUCAUCUCUCAUUUAUGCUGCAGUUUUAUUUCGGUGGCCAAAACAUUCUACUGUAUUUAUUUUUGGAAUCCAGAACAGCUACAGGAUGAUUACUACUACUAUUAGGAUAUGGCCAAAUACCUGAGCUCCUUCUGGAUUGAGGCAUUUCAGCUUAUUAAGAAAUUUCACAUUAUGUUUGAAAACAAAUUGUGUCUUCCUUUGUAUUUCUGGGUAAGGGAUUAAGGAAAACUAAAAUUGUAGCUGUUUUUGUUUCAUGUGAUAUAAAAACGAAUUUGAUCUUUCCAUUGUCAGAGAUGAUUAAAUGUUUUUGCUAUAUACUUUUAUACAUUAUUUUCUUAUCAAACUAGUUAACAAGUAUUUUUAUAUGUUUGUAAGCAAAUAUGCUUUCACAGCAUAACUUGUGUAUAUGUAAAGAUGAGUAUUUAAUUCUCACAGUUCACUUUUAACUGACAAUAUGUGGGAUUUGCCAAACUGUGGUAAAUUUCUCCUUACUCUCCUGGUUAUACCCAAGAGUGGCCAAUUAUGUGCCUGCCCAGCACACCUAUAGAGUAAAAUCUAGUGUUGUGUUUUAAUGAAUUUCAGUAUCCCUUACUAAAGACUGACCAUUAUGUGAAUUAUUAAACUGUAAGACUUUUAACUGAUUGUUUAGUUAAACUGUGGAUGGUUGUUUAAAUUUGAGUUCUGUGGAUUGUGUUUAAACAAUUCAAGAGUAUGGUCCCUGAUAUUGAAAUACUGAGUGGUAUUGCACAGUUGUCACCUUAAUUGAAUGUGUCCAACAGUUCUUUGAAACUUGAUUAUUAAGCAAACCCUUGUAUAACUUCAGGUGCUAGAAUUAAAGAUGAUCUAACCAUUUUUGGGGGGUAAA